UGUUUGCACGGAGCUUCCGCGCAUCUGCACGGCUGCAGCUGCUGCAGCAACGCAUGCACCGGUGGGGCAUCGGUGACCGCUGAUCGAUUAUCGUAUCGGAAAGCAAUUCGUAGCCGCAUGGUGACGUCACGCCGCUGAUCGGUAAUAGUGGCUGGGCGGGUUGAUUGGUGGGUGGGUGGCUGGGUGCCGCGCGGACGCCAGGGGUGGAUGAGUGCACCGAAACCCCACAGCAGGUGAAAAAGAAAAAGAAGAGGAGAGGAGGGGGGAAACACAUAAUUGCAGGAGGAGCGCGAGGACGUGCACGGGGACUGUUUGUUUAUUUUGACGUCGGCGCGUGGGAAAUGUAGUAGCUGUCACGGCCGUCCGCAGGUGGAGGAUGGAUGUGUAACAGGACGGAUCAAGCCAGCUGUGGCCUGCUUCUGACAGCAACAUCUGGCCGUCCUCCUGCAGGGUCAGAGAGGGCGCCUCAGCAGCCAGCCGGCUCUGGACUACAGCGGGCAGGUAGAGGCGAUGGACGAGGGUGACACAGAGGGGGAAGGGCCCAUGGUGGCCAGAGAGGGACCGAGUGGUCACAGCCACCCUACAGACUCCAGCGGCACCACCACCACCAACCUCCUGGCUUCUGUCAAAGAGCAGGAGCUCCAGUUCGAGCGGCUGACUCGGGAGCUGGAGGAGGAGCGGCAGAUCGUGGCUAGCCAGCUGGAGAGGUGCAUGCUGGGAGCCGAGUCACCAGAAGGAGACAGCAGCAGCUCAUCCGAGAAGUCGUUUGCAUGGAGAUCCGCAGGCGGAGAGUCUCAGGGCGGAGCCACAGGGGUCUGGAUGUCCUGGUCGUCACCUGGA